AUGUACGAACUGUGUCAACCAACGGGGACUGCUGGAUACCCUUAUUUUCUCUUUGGAUCGCAACAGGAUCAGCGUCUCAACUACAGAUCGGUUAUUGUGCACCGCGCUGGACUAGCUCAAGAGACGGCUGGCGAUGGCGGCGUCAGCACGAGCAGCAGCGCUGAAACCGGGAACAGCGUCAGCGCUUUGGCGUCAGCAGCCGCAGGGCGUCGUGUCAAGUUUCGGGAGCUGCGUCGAACGAAAAUCGUAUGUACUAUAGGGCCUCCGACGGCCUCUUAUGAGAUGAUCAAGGCUCUUGCAGACGCUGGAAUGGACGUUGCUCGCUUGAACUUCAGUCACGGGACGUACGAGUUCCACAAGAAAGUAUCGGACGCCGUCGAUCGCGUCAAUGAGGAGCGUUUUGAGAAAGCUCGUCGAAGGUGGACGUCGCACGACGAGGCACGUGAGCAGUUGACAGACUCCGCCAAAUCGGUGGCGGUGUCUGACGCCGGUCCCCUGCGUACCGAGAGCACGUCAAGCUCCACUGACUCGCUGAAUAGUGUGUCGGGCCUCGAGUACAGAAAUGACGCUAAGAGCGCUCUGUAUGUGCGCAUUGGGAAAAUGAUGGACUCAAAAGGUGCGGAAGUGCGCAGCGGGGAGAUCAACCGAGCGGAGGAGAUUGCGAAGCGAAUGGUGGAGCACGGCUUGGUGACCUCCGAUCAGGUAACAGAACUCGUGAGCCAAAACACCAUGUUAAUGCCGGCAGGAAGCUCGCUCGUUCUGCGUUGUACGCAUGAGGCAUUUGAGAAGCAGCCGGAACCUCUUGAGGGUGUCGCGGUGAAAGGCUCCGUUUUACCUUUUGCGCCAGUAGUCGGUGUCAGCUAUGCGGGAUUCUUCGAGGACACAGCCGAAGGCGAUUGUAUUCUUGUUGAUGGCGGUCUCUUGGAGUUACAGCUGGAGCGCAAGGACGCUGACAAACGGGAUCUCAUCUGCCGCGUGUUGGACGGUGGCGAGCUCUCGCCCCGUCGCCAUUUGAACAUUCGCGGAAAGACGGCGUCGUUGCCCUCGGUUACCGAAUCCGAUUGGAAGGAUAUCGAGUUCGCUGUGAAGGAACUCAACGUGGACUUUAUCGCCUUGUCGUUUGUGAAUGACGCUGAAACCGUUCACAUGGUGCGAGAAUUUGUCACGAAACUUGGCUCGCGGGCGGCGAUCAUCAGCAAGAUCGAGAGCAUGAAGGGUGUGCUGAACCUCCCCGCAAUCAUCGAGGCAAGCGACGGGGUUAUGGUGGCGCGUGGCGACCUCGGUAGCGAGCUGCCCCUGGAAGAGGUGCCUAUCGUCCAGUCCUUCAUGGUGCGUCUUUGUCGAGCGGCAGGCAAAGUGGUCAUUACGGCCACGGAGAUGCUCGAGUCCAUGAUCGAGAAGCCCAUCCCGACGCGGGCGGAGGCCUCGGACGUGGCCCAUGCCGUGGAGCAGGGCGCCGAUGCACUGAUGCUCAGCGGCGAGACCGCCAAGGGAAAGUAUCCGAUCAGAGCCUGUGCCACGAUGCGCCAUAUUAUCAUGCGACAAAACGAGCAGCUCAUUGCAGACGAACGUGCUCGUCAGGGGCUGGAUCCGAUUGCCGGCUUUGCCGAGUGUUGCCGCGACGUGGAGCGUGUAUCCGAUGCCAUGGCCCGAGCAGCGGUCUCUCUGGCGGAAUCGUUAGACGCGGCCGCGAUCAUCGUCUUCACACGAACGGGCAACAUGCCCAAGCGCCUCUCGAAGCUGCGGUCACGAAUACCGAUCGUUGCUGCGACUGCAGUUUCCGAUAUCCAACCGAAACUCUCGCUCUUGUGGAACGUAUUCUGUGUAACCAUUGAAGUGCAGGAUACGUUUGAAGCAACGUUCCAACGCUUCAAAGAGGAAGUUUUGGCGGAGAACUUUUUACGAAAAGGUGAUACGGUUGUGGUGGUACAGAGUGGCAUGCGUGGUAUCUGGCGAGAACAGGGCCAUCAUCUGCUCCGCUAUGUGGUAAUGUAA